UUUCUUUUAGAGUAGAAAUUUAGAGUUAUAUGAGUGCGGAUAGCCUAACGCCCGAGGCGCCGACGGCUGCUCCCUGGCCGUCCUCGGAAGCGCGGCGGCCAGGCGCUGAGGCGCACCACGCCACGCCGGCGGUGGGACGGAGGAGAGGCCGGAAGUUGCUGGCUCAAGGUAAGCGGAAUGGCUUCCGUUCCCCCACUCCUCCCCUCCUUGUAGCUUGCGAGAGCAACCUUGUCGGAGCUCGCCGCCGCAGCCACAGCCACAAGUACGCAUCCUCCGUUUGAAUUCACAUACAGUUCUCCAUGGGUACUUCUUCCUGCACAUUCACACUCACCACUUCCUUGUUGCUAACGAUGGCUAAAUAAGGCUACCACUCUAUGACUCCGAGCCAAGCCAGGAGCAAUGGCUCUCGACUGAGUCCUACCUAGGUGUAUGAUGAAAUGCCUGCAGGACUUCAAACGCUGUCAAGCAGCAUUUUCAUCUCAGCAAAUCACGUAGCCUACCCUGAAUUUCUGUCUGCGUCUUUGGCAGAUACUCUUCCUUUAUCAUGUCCGGCGAGAUGAGGCCACAGCAGCUGGGGGCGAUGCGGCGUGCCAUCUGGAGGAGCUGGCCUAUCCUGUGCUUGCAGUCACAGCACAGGCUUCUACCAUCUUUCUGUGCCUCAACCAAGGCCGCCACGAUGGCCGCCUCGUCUCUGCCACCACCAACUCAUCAUAAGAAGAAGGACACGGUCAUCGUCAUCUCUGGUCCUACUGGUGCUGGAAAGAGCAGGCUGGCGCUGGAGGUGGCCAGGAGGCUCGGAGGGGAGAUCAUCAGUGCGGACUCCGUGCAAGUCUACCGUGGCCUUGACGUUGGUUCUGCCAAACCGUCCGCGGCGGAGAUGAGCCUAGUGCCGCAUCACUUGAUCGACAUACUGGACACGUCCGACGAUUACUCGGCUGGAGCCUUUUUCCGCGAUGCCCGGAGGGCGACGCAGGAUGUUCUUGACAGAGGCUGCGUGCCCGUUAUCGCAGGAGGGACUGGGCUGUACCUGAGAUGGUACAUCUAUGGCAAGCCGAACGUUCCACAGUCAUCCAUGGAGUCCACUUUGGCCGUGUGGUCUGAGCUCGCUGAUUUUCGGGAGAACGGCCAGUGGGAGGAAGCGGUAGAGCUGGUGGUGCAGGCUGGUGACCCCAGAGCCCGGGACUUGUCUGUCAAUAACUGGAACAGAUUGAGCCGCAGCCUCGAGAUUAUCAGGUCAUCAGGCUCCCCUCCUUCUGCCUUCGCCUUACCGUACGAUGCAUUCUGUGAACAGCAUGACACUGACCUAACUGAGGCUCCCUCAUCCGCUGGAAACUACGAGGCCAGGGAGAUGGAGUAUGACUUCUUCUGCAUUUUCCUCGCAAGUCCACGCAUUGAACUGUACCGGUCAAUUGAUCUGAGGUGUGAAGAAAUGCUGGUUGACACAGGCGGCUUACUUUCGGAAGCCUCAUGGCUGCUUGAUAUCGGGUUGCAGCCACGUAUGAACUCUGCAAGUAGUGCCAUCGGUUACAAGCAAGCCAUGGAGUACCUGCUGCACUGUAGGCAGAACGGAGGCGAAAGCACCCCACAAGAGUUCCUUGACUUCCUUGCCAAGUUUCAGAGGACAUCUAGGAACUUCGCAAAGAGGCAACUUACCUGGUUCCGCAAUGAGAAGAUUUACCACUGGGUCGAUGGCUCGAAACCAUUUGAGGCACUUGUUCAAUUUGUCUGUGAUGCUUACCAUGGCUGCAGUGCAAGGAUGGUUCCUGAAUCACUUGAAAUGAAAAGGGAAAAUUGCGUGCUCAAAAGCCGUGAUCUCAAAACCUAUCGCUCAAUGAACAGGGUGUUUCUUGGGGGUGAUGACUGCUCUCACGUUUUGAAUUGGAUCAGGAGAACACAGAGCAAAUGAAAUAUAGAUCUACUCCCUUAUCAUGUUUUUUUCAAACAUGGAAAUUGUCUAGCUUUUUGGUGUUGACCAAUUAGGACAGGAGUUUAGUAGAUCAAGACGCAAAUAACACAUGAAUUUAGUUUAUAGGUUUUUAUUCUGUUUUCUAUCAUAGUGAAAAUGCCUUUUCAAAGUGCCACAAUGGAACGAAAAGUCAGGUUUCUCCUUUGACAUCUCUCCAUUUUGAGCUUUGUAAGAAGCUCGGUUCCUGUUUUCUUAAGGCAGGUUUCUUCUUUGGGCAUCUCCCUCUUUGAGCUUUACGUAAAUAGUAGUACCUGAUUUUGUAAUAUCUUA